CAGUCAGCUGGCAGUUGAGUUCGCUUCCUCAGACCGCUUGAAGGGCUUUUUUUUCGAAAACGAAAGGGGUUCGGCGAGGGGAAGAAGCGAACAUAACAGUGCGAGAAAUGUCUGGUUUUGGGAGCAUGUUUAACUCGUACUCGAUCGCGCAGCUUAACGAGUUGCUUGAAGAUGAUGAAAAACUAAAUCGGUUUGUUCAAGACAUGGAAGAGAUCCAGCAAGUCCAGCAGAAGAAAGAGAUGAUUCUGACCAGUAACCGCAGCCUGGCAGAGCAGAACCUGGUUCUCCAGCCCACCCUGGAGGAGCAGAAGACCCAGCUCACCAAGCGCUACUGCCUUCUCCAGGAAGGCUUCGAAGCCUACCAGCUCCGCAAGUCCACUCUGGACCACAAGUCUGGGAACAGUUCUCUGGACAUGUUGCUGGCCCUGCUGCAGGCAGAAGGGGCCAAAAUAGAAGAGGAGACAGAGAACAUGGCAGAAUCCUUCCUAGACGGCGACAUCAUGAUGGAAGCCUUCGUAGACGAGUACCAUAACAAGAGGAAGUUAGCCCACCUGAGGAGAGUGAAGAUAGACAAGCUGCGGGAGAUGGUGCUGAACGGCCACAGUCUGCCCCCGGCUCAGUCCCCCACCCCUCGCCCCCAGGAGGUCUCCGCCAGGCCCUCUCCCCUGCACACAGAGGCCGUCAGCAGCUCCCCGGCCCCCCAGCCCAGGAGGGCCCCCCCUCCCCCUCCCGUCCAGCUGUCCCCAGCCUCAGCCCCGGCCCUGCAGUCUCCUGCCUUCUCAUACCCUUCCACCCCUUACCCUCCCAUUCCCCCCAGGUCGGGCCAGCCUUUUCCUGGUGUCAACUCCGGGUACCCCCAACAAUAUAUGUCCCAGUACCCCCCCGCUCUUCCCCAGAGGCCCCCCCCUCGCAUGGCCCCCCAGCCUGGUUUCAUUAUGCAGUAACGGAGGCGCUGGGCGCUGUGAAGGUGCGGGUCUUGCGGUGGACUUUCGCUGCGGCAUUCCCCUGGUUGGUUGACCUCCCGGGACAGCUAUGGGGAACGCGACCAAUCACAAUCAAGAUGGCGGAGGGACAUGGUCUGGGCUGUUCGCCCUCCGCCGAACAAACAGAAUCAAGAAACAACUCCGUGGAUUUGCACUCCUCUCAUCCGAAACUACACUCUGUAAUCACUCUGGCAACUAAAGGUUUUGCCAGACUGGUCUGAUUCUGUUGAGGCAAAACCCCCAUGCCCUUUCAAACGCUGUUGGGAGGCUGUAGUGAGAAAAUAUGUCAAUCUAGGGUUUACCAGCUUGAAUCAACUCAUAAACUCUGAGCCAAAUAUCAACAGUCAACAGUCACUUAAGUGACUUCCUGUACCUGUGUGCCAUGGCAGACACAGUGCCAUCUUGCAGGGCUUCUUUACACAAUGCGGCAGUUUGCUCUCUCUAGUGGCCAUUUGUUGAAUAUACAGUGCCCUCCAAAAGUAUUGGAACAGUGAGGCGAAUUCCUUUAUUUUUGCUGUAGACUGAAAACAUU